UGUGGUACAAAUAUUAAAGCUGGUGUAAAACAAAAUGAAACAAUUACACCGGGAACUUUAAAAUAUUCAUAUCUCAGCAAAUGUUUUGUCAUACAUCAAGCGAGAUGUAAAUAAAAUGCCCCGUUGAAGAUGAAAGAUUUUAGUUUUAUUACUCAUAGCUUUGACCAUGUGGAAGUCGUGCACUCAUUUCACAUCAUAAUUUGUGCAAAUUAAUCGGGGCUAAUACAUCGUGACGUACUUUGCAGGUCGAUUUACGAAGAGGGUGUGUAACUCUGAGAGUUCAUAAUGUUGUGCUGUAAGUCAGGCUGAGAAAGCAGAGCAGCAGACGAAGCGGCGCGAACUGACGGCACGAGAGCAUGAGGAGCAGCAGCAGUCAGUGUGAACGCGGAGCAGCUCAGAGUCAGAGCGCGAUGAGCCCAGCACACAACUCAGCCCUGAUGCUCGCUGUCCUCUUCAUCUCCUUCAUACCCAUCACCACAAGUGCUCCAGUGCUCUUGAAUCCAUCUUCAAUAGAGCAUGAGCAGUUACUAACCCAGAUAACUGAUCUGUGCUUGUUCUACCUCUCUGCAGACCCAUCCUUUAGAACAUCUGAUGUCUUGGGGGACCUGUGUUUCCUAAUGCUGGGAUCACUGGAAAAAUCGGAGGAGGUCACUGCUCGAGAGACCAGCAAAAGGUUUUUAUUUCAUUACACUAAACCGAAUGGUGCAGGAUUGUCAGAUGGGACGUCUACUGUGUUGCACCCUCUUCUGGAGCUCAUACCCCAGCUUGCCAGAAGAAGAAGCAGGAGAAUGAAAUUAAAUGAUGACCUUCAGGGGCCCGGACGGAUCCAGAGCAGAGGAUACUUCCUUUAUCGGCCACGAAAUGGAAGAAGAUCUGACGAGUAUGUGUAAAACAAUAAAGAAAAUCAGCAGCACCAGAUCCCGUCCUGCAGAUGUCCUGAUCAAGAGCCAGUCAACCUUGAAACAUUAAGUCACACGUUCCAGAAAACACCCCUCUAUCGAAUCGUGAUGUUGAAUGUGCAGACAGAAUCCAAAUAAAGUCUUUUAUCUGUUCAAACAUUCCUGUUUGUGAAACUGUGCCGUGUCUUUUGAAUUAAAAGCAUAAUAAAAUAUUUCUUCAUUGUGGCAGUGUGAUUUAAACCAAACUCGCUGUAUGUGUUUUACUGUAUACUGGAAUGUUACCAAAGAACAAAGAAAUAAAACCAUU